AUGUUGAGUGUGGAGAUGUACCCCAGCUUGGCCCUGGGAACCCAGAGACACAGAGACUGCUACUACAGAGAACGUGAGGCUCCGCCCCACAUUCCUCUGUGCCCUGCACCCUGUGACAUGGCUGCCAGGGCCCUCGCCCCCAGCUUGCUGACCCCGCCCCCAGUCCCCAGCCAACCAAUCAACAUGCCCCAAGACGACAUCAAGAUGGAGCUGGAAAACGCAUCGCUAUGGAAACAAUUCAGCUCGGUCGGCACAGAGAUGAUCAUCACCAAAAAGGGCAGACGGAUGUUCCCCCAGCUGAGGGUGAAGCUCUCGGGUCUGAACCCCUCCCUGCGCUACAUCCUCCUCCUGGACAUCGUGCCGCUGGACAGCUCGCGCUAUCGUUUCCAGGGCGACAGCUGGCAGGUGGUGGGCGGGGCUGAGGCUCGGCUGCCAGACCGGGUGUUCAUCCACCCGGACUCCCCCGCCUCGGGCGCUCACUGGCAGAGCAGGACGGUGUCCUUCCACAACACCAAACUGACCAACAACACGCUGGACACACACGGACACAUCAUCCUCCACUCCCUGCAUCGCUACCAGCCUCGGGUCCAUGUGGUGGAGGCCAGGGACAUGCAGAGCUGGGCCGGGGGGCAGCGCUCCUUCCUGUUUCCCGAAACACACUUCCUCACCGUCACCGCCUACCAGAACCACAAGAUCACUGAGCUGAAGAUCAACUCCAACCCUUUUGCCAAAGGAUUCAGACAGGAUGGCAUGAACAACAAGAGGCAGAGAGACGCGAGGCAGAAACGCAAGCUGAGUCAGGUCAGCAACAUGCAGGACGGCGAGUCAGCUGCCUCCCUUUCUCCCUCAGUGAGCUGUGGCCCCUGUGACUCUACCCAGACUCUGGCCUCUCACCCCCCAGAGCUCCAGACCCUGACCCUACCCUCCCUCCCCCUCCUCCCAAGCCCAUCCUGUGGGUUCUCCUCCAAUCAGAUCUCCUUCCAGGAGACCCCGCUCCCAGACCCGCCCCUCCAAUUGGGACACGCCUACGUCUCCUCCCAGAUUGCUGACCUCACAGUGGACAUGGUCAAUGGGCAGCAAGAUGCAACAGGAAGUAAUCAUCAGCCAAGUGACAGCAUGAUUGACAGGUCCGGCAGCAUCAGUCUUCCCCCGUACACCCAGACCUACCCAGACACCCAGCAUGGUUCCAUGUCCUUCUCAUCCUCCUCUCUUCCCCAGCCCUCCUCCUCCUAUCCCUCCCUCCCUCCCCCUGAACACUCCGGCCCCUCCCUCCCUCACCCCUCCUCCCAAACCACGCCCUCAUCCACCUCCGAUUAUCCCUCUCUACCCAGCAUUGAUUAUCCCUCCAUCCUCUCCUCCUCUCCCUCCCUCCCUCACACCUCCACCACCUCUCCCUUGCUCCACCAGACCAGCUUCACCUACCCUCCCCUCACUCCUCCCUCCUCCACCUCCUCCUCUCCUCAGCCGCUCCUCUCCUCCUCCUCCUAUCACUCCCUGUCCCAGCAGGAACUGACUCAGCAGGCAGACACAGGACCCCCCCAGAUCGCCUUCUCUUUCCCUGACCUCCCCCCCUCCCAUCCCAACCAAUCCCAACCCCUCCAGAUGUCCGCCCCCCUCCCCUCUCUCCCCUUCUCUCUCUCCGGUGCCACGCACUCCUCCUCCUACCCCCCCGUAGCCCCCACAGAGAUGGGCUCCUUCUCCCAGUUCCCCCCUGGCGCCCACUACCUCCCAGAGAUGGUACUGCAUCACCCAACCCUGCUGGAGACCUCUCUCUCCUCCUACCCCCCCCCAUCAUCCGGCUCCCCCACCCUGUACCCACCCUCCUCCGCCCCCCCUGCCCUAUACCCCUCCUUCUCCUCCUACCCUCUGCGCUUGUACCAGGACCCGUGCCCCUCCUACUCUCUUCCUCUCAGGCAUGUCUACAGGCAGCCGCAGCUUGGCCACACCCACGCCCAGGGGUCCUACCUGGACAUGAGUGGGCGGGCCAUGUUCUGA